AUGAGUGUGCUGCGACUGGAUGACGGCACGGUGGUGCAGGUGGAAGAGUUUCGGGGCCCCAGCAGGGCCUCCGCCCUGCCGCACCUGUUCACAAACUGCCGCGUGGAGGUUUCAUGCCCCAGCCACAAGGACUUUAUCGUGUUCACGGGUGCCAGCAUGGCUGACGUGCAGGCAGCGUAUGCGCGUGGCGACCGCGCCUGGUGCGGCCUAGCCCACCUGCUGCACGACUCGCCCAACUGUACCGUACCCAUCUCCCCAUACGGCUCCACCUUUGUCGCCGUGGCCAAGCCCAAGACCUGGCUGUCGGGCGGCACCGAGAGCCGCUCGUGCCUGCUGGAGCGGCAGGAGGUGCUGUCCACGCCGCGCGUGCUGGCCGCAGUGCUGGGCGCCUUCCUGUUCUGGAAUGCCGGCGUGCUCAGCGAGUCAACUCCCUUCAGGCUGACGGGCGGCACUCUGGGCGUCAUGGCUCUCUCCAGCAUCAUCGUGCUCUUCAUCCUCUACAGGAAGGUGCCCCACAAGGGCAAGCUGCUGGCGGGCACCGCCAUCUUUGGCAGCACCUUCCUGGCCGCCAUGCGCUGGCUGUUUGGCGCGCUGCGCCACCCGGUCACCCUGGCCUACCUGGGCGUGUCUGGGCUGGCGGGGCUGGGCCUGACCUACUACUACAACAACACAGCCAACCACAAGGUCAACACCAUGCUGCGGGUGGCGCUGCAGCUGGUGGGCCUGGCCUCGGUGUACCUGAGCGCCUCCAUGGGCGAGGCCUCGGUGGCGCUGUGUGCCGCCCUGCUGUGUGCCAAGGGGCUGGAGUUUGUGCGCCGCCACCGCUCCCUGGCCUCCGCGCUGGCCAGCGCCAGGCACGGCGUGCAGGAGCAGCUGGGCGGCGCGGAGGAGGCGGCGGAGGCGGCAGCCGAGGUGGCGGCGGCGGGCGCGCCCGCGCCGGCCGCUGCGGCUGUGGCGUCCUGCGGAGGGCAGGCUCGCACGCCAGUGGUUUCGGCGGGCUGGCAGCCGGAGCCGGAGGUCAGCCCGCUCAUCCAGAGAGGCCUGGUUCUGAAUGAGGAGACCGGGCACAUCAUCGGCAUUGGCAAGGGAACCUACAACCGCCUGGUGGAAUCUGGGUAUGUGGUGGAUCGCAGGGCGGGCACCAUCACGCCGCCGCCACCCAGCCCUGGCUCCCCCGGCCGGGCCGGCAAGAGCGGCGGCGCAGCCAGGCGGCGCCGCACAUCCUGA